AUGUCAGUCGAAGAGUUGAAAAACACCGUUGCUAAAUUGCAAGAGAGAAUCCAACAAUUGGAAAAGAAAGUUGGUGUUACCCCAACCGCAGCAGCAUCCACAGAUUUCGCUAAACAAUUGAGAUUGGUCUUGAUUGGAGCUCCAGGUUCAGGUAAAGGCACUCAAUCGGCCGACUUGAAGGACAAAUUCUGUGCUUGUCAUUUGGCCACUGGUGACAUGUUGAGGUCACAAGUUAAGCAAGGAACCAAAUUGGGACUUGAAGCUAAAAAGAUUAUGGAUCAAGGUGGAUUGGUUAAUGAUGAAAUUAUGGUCAACAUGAUCAAAUCUGAAUUGGAGAACAACAAAUCGUGUUCCAAGGGUUUCAUCUUGGACGGGUUCCCAAGAACUAUUCCACAAGCUGAAAAAUUGGAUGCCAUGUUGAAUGAGAGGAAAACUCCCUUGGAAAAUGCCAUUGAAUUGAAAAUCGAUGAUGAAUUGUUGGUUGCUAGAAUCACUGGUAGAUUGGUCCAUCCAGCAAGUGGAAGAUCUUACCACAAGAUCUUCAACCCUCCAAAGAAGGAAAUGACCGAUGACCAAACUGGUGAGCCAUUGAUUCAAAGAUCGGAUGAUAAUGAAGAAGCUUUGAAAAAGAGAUUGGUCACUUACCAUCAACAAACUGAACCAAUUGUUGAGUACUACAAAAAAACUGGUAUCUGGCAAGGAAUCGAUGCUUCUCAGAAACCAGGCAAAGUUUGGAACGAUAUUUUGAAGUGUUUGGGUCAAUAA